AUGAAUCGAAGACCUCGUUUCCCGAUUCUCCGCGUGGACAACGUGGUGUUCAGAGAAAUUAUCUCAAACAUCGCUCCGAUGGACCUCGCAUCAUUGGCUCAGUCUUCUAAACACUGUCAACAAAAUAUAAGAUCCAACAAGUCAAUUUUUUCUGCUUUAAAUAUCGCAAUACUCUUUCACGAGGAUGAACCUGUACAAUUGGAACUUAGUUUUAAAGAAUCUUCGUAUGAGGACGAUGAAAUUGAAGAUUCUGAAGAUGAGUCUGAAGACUCUGAUAAUACUCAAGAUAGAAUUCGAUAUUAUUUAUACGCAUACACAGAAAGUGGUGAAAUGAUACCAAUGAGCACUGAAGAUGUCAUCAAGUAUUUCACCUUCUUCUGUGAUCUAUUAAUCCGAGAUAAUUCAAUUUCAAAGUUAUCAAUUUAUUUAUGGACUGGCGAUUUGGUGAAAAUAUUUAAUUGGAUUUCAACUCGACAAGAAUCAGUGAAGAAAUGCGACAUAUAUUUGAAUCAUAUUAAGGACAGUGAUCUCGAUUAUUUUCUUGGCAAUGUGAGAGUAAGCCAUUAUCUCGGAAUGAAUGUUUUGCCCAGUUUGGAGUAUCGGGCCCAAUGUUACCAACAAGUGAAUAUCAUCAAUUGUCUGAAUGCUUUUUGGUGGCGACUAGAGCACUGUUUGAUGUUCGAUUGUAAAGAUAUGAAUCUCGAAGACACACACUUGACUAAUGACAACAUUGUUUGGCUUCUGGAAUGUUGGAUGGAUGGAUCUGGAUUGAAGAGACUUGAAAACAUGUCAAUUGAUGGGAAUAACCUGGAUCGAAACGUUAUAACCAACAAAGUGGACCACGUUUUGUUGGACAGAAAAGCAAUUUUAGCUUUUUCUGAAUUGGUUUUCACUGAAAACGUAAUUGGCGGAGCACUGAUAGAACGUCACGACGGAGUUAAAGCUGUCAUUCCUUUCCCCGAACUUGAUCACUCUCCUCUUUAUCAAUUUGAAUUAAACGUCGUUGUCAAACAAAUUGAGAAAGAUUAA